GGUUAAUUACAUUUCAUAUAUUGUUUGAAAGUAAUGCUCGGCUUGAAAUUGGCAAUCAAGCAAUCCAUACUUGUCAAAUUCAGACCAAAUCUACGUUUCCGAUUUACUAGCCAUUUCCACCUCCAAGAAUUCAGCUCCAAUGCCGCAUCCCAUGUUAUUUCAUCCGCGCCCCAUCUGCUCGACGAAAUGUCUCACAGAGACCCGCAAGAACCAAAAUGCUUCCUUUCAUCGCCAGAUGCAUUCAAGAUUAUUCAAUGCGUCUUGGAGCAGCAACCAUGCGCUACAAAUGCCGCAAUGGCGCACGCCUUAGCCGUGAAAAAAGGCGAUCUUGCCCAUCUCCCCACCGUUACUUCUCUGCUUACUCUUUACUCUAGGUGUAAGGAGUUGGCAUCGUCGUAUUCCUUGUUUGGCGAAGCUGUUGCAAGAGAUAUGGUGUUGUGGAGCGCUAUGAUGAGGGCGUGCAUAGAUAACAACUGCCCCGAAGCUGCAGUGGGAUUGUUCAAGAAAAUGGUUGUUGAGGGGAACGAAUUCGGCGCCACUAGUCUCGUUGCUUUGGUAUCGGCGUAUUCGAGUUUAAAAGCAGUUGGGAAAGAAGGCCAGGUUGCACAUGGACUGAGCAUCAAAGCGGGGAUGCUUGCGUGCACCGUGUUGAGCAAUGCUGUGAUUGAUAUGUAUGCGAAAUGUGCUGAUUUGAGCUCGUCGGAGUGUGUGUUUGGGGAGGUGAAAUUCAAGGAUCUUGUCACGUGGAAUUCGAUUAUCAGUGGCUGUUUUUACAAUAGUCACCCUGAAAGGUCGUUGUGGUAUGUCAAACACAUGGCUUCGUUUGAAAAUCAUCCCGAUAGUAUUAGUUUCUCUUGUGCCUUGGCGGCGUGUACUAUUCUGCAGGAGCUCGAUUUCGGGCUGCAAGUUCACAGCUGGGCCACCAAGUUAGGAUACACAGGGAGCAGCCAUGUCUCGGUUGCUAACUCUCUUAUCUCGUUCUAUGCUCAGCUUCGAGAUAUCUCUGCUGCUGAAUGUGUGUUUGGAGAAAUGGUGAUCAAGAAUGUGGUGUCUUGGAAUGCCUUGAUUAAAGGUUUCUUUCUGAAUGAGCAAGCUGUGGGGGCGUUUCACCUUGUUCGUGAUAUGCAGCUUGUAACAUCGAUUCAACCUGAUAUGGCUACGGUUGUCACUGUGGUUCCUUAUUGUGCUGAACUUAUGCUCCUUGAUGAAGGAAAAGCUAUUCAUGGAUUCAUCGUUAGGAGAGGGAUGGCAUCCGAAACGUCGGUUAUAAACAGUCUGAUUAAUAUGUAUUCCAAGUGUGGUAAACUUAAUGAAGCUCUGUGUUUAUUCUUGACUAUGCCGAAAAAAGACUUGGUAGCGUGGAACACUAUGAUCUUUGGAUAUGCCCACAACGGGCAAUAUCAUGAAGCUCGGACCCUAUUCAAGAAAAUGCUCGGUUGUUGUUCUACGUUCACCUUGCCAACUCUUUUGGCAGUGCUUCCAUCCUGUGAUUGUCCAGAUUCGAUUCAAUUUGGAAGAUCGGUUCAUGGUUGGAGCAUGAAGCUGGGGUUAUUAAACCAAACUUUUGCUUUGAAUUCCCUCAUGCACAUGUACAUUCUUUGUGGAGCCUUGUCGGAUGUUUCUACAUUGUUCGGAAGCACCUCUGUUAAGCUCGACGCCACUAGUUGGAACACGGUCAUUGCUGGCUGCAGUCACAAGGGCCAUUUCCGGGAAGCCUUGGAAUAUUUCGACUUAAUGAGGAGGCGAGCGCAGGUUCAAUGUAGUUCUAUAACACUCGGAGGUGUCAUAUCCGCUUGUGGGAAUCUUGGGUUAGUGAUUGAAGGGAAAGUAGUUCACAGUUUAGCAAUUAAAACGGGGGCGAGUACUGAUAUGCGGGUGCAGAACUCACUGGUGACGAUGUACGGGAGAUUAGGUGAUUCGGAGAGUGCUACGUUAGCAUUCAACCUUAGUCAUGACCACAACCUGUGUUCAUGGAAUUGUGUGAUAUCUGCCAUGUCACAAAAUGAAGAUGCCAAGAAAGCUCUGGAGUUGUUCCGUUCUCUUGAAUUCGAGCCUAACGAGAUCACCAUCUCGACUGUUCUCUCCGCUUGUGCCCAGCUAGGAGCCAUGAGUUACGGAAAACAGAUCCACGGGCACGUUUUCAGGUUGAAUCUCUACAAGAAUCCUUUCAUAUCUGCUGCACUGACAGACAUGUACAGCAAUGGGGGCAGGCUAGAUAAGGCCGAACGCGUUUUUCUUCAUUCUCCGGAGAAGUCAGUUGCUGCAUGGAACUCCCUCAUAUCUGCUUACGGGUUCCAUAACUUCGGCUCAAGGGCAAUUGACACGUUCAACGACAUGAUCAGGUCAGGAUGCCGUCCAACGAGUGGCUCGUUCACGAGCCUCCUCUCAGCAUGCAGCCAUGCCGGGCUGGUUGAUGAAGGGCGCACCUAUUAUGAGAGCAUGAUGAGCGGGUUCAAAGUGGCUCCAGCAGCCGAGCACCAUGUGUGCGUGGUGGAUAUGCUCGGGAGGUCAGGGAGGCUCCGUGAGGCUCGUGAAUUUAUCGAGAAUCUGCCUGGGAAAGGCGAUGCUGUGGGCGCGUGGGGAGCCCUGCUGAGUGCGUGCAGCUAUCACGGAGACGUUGAGAUGGGGAGACAUGUCGCGGAAAUCCUCUUCUUGAUGGAGCCGGAGAACGGGAGUUACUACGUAGCGUUGUGUAAUAUGUAUAUCGCUGCUGGGAAAUGGGAGGAAGCUGUUGAGUUGAGGAGUUUGAUAUAUGAUAAACAGCUCAAGAAACAAACUGCUUUCAGUUUUAUUGAUGUUGGUUUGAGGUGAGAUUAUAUGCUCUUCUGCCUGCGUUUGCAGUUUCCCUAUUUUAAUACCAAUUUAAUUAAG